AUGUGUCGCCUGCUGGAAGCGAGCCAGCAGCGGUCCGACGAAGCAAUCAAAACAUUGACUGAAGCUCAGCCUAGGCUCGAAGUUGAGAUUGCUGAGAUGCACAGAUCCGCUGACACCACACGCAGCACCCAAGCCAACGACAAUCUCGACUCUGGUAGACACGAAGUUCCAAUCGACAACAUCAAUUCCCCUCAGCAAAACACGAACCUCGGUAGCAAAGGAUCCCAAGGUCUCCUGCCACCCUCCGGGGCCAAAGAACGACGAGCCCCACUCUGUGACACACAUAUGCGGACGGAAGCAGAACCCAUCCGGUCCGCUCAGCCAACAGCCGAAAUCCGGCCUCAACAAACCACACGUCAAGCCACGCACGAUUCACCCUCUGAAGACUGUGUUCCCUCGAUCCGAUUCUUAGACAGUUGGAAAGAGGAUAUGAUGAGAGAAAUGAUGCAGAAGUUCUCAGACAGGCAAUCCGUUUACACCACCGAGCAUUUGGAUCUAGUGUCAAGAACCACUGAGAAAUCUCCUUUCUCAGAGUGGAUUCAGAAUGAGCCUAAGCCCCGGGACUUCAUCAUCCCUUCCCUGCCUGCGUUUAAUGGAAAGGGAGAUCCGCUAAACCAUUUAUUCCAAUUUCAGCAGAAAAUGGCAUUAGAAGCUAACAAUGAAGCCAUUCAAUGCAAGGUCUUUUCAACGACUUUCUCUGGGCCAGCUUUGUUGUGGUUCCGACAGUUAAAGCCCAGAUCCCUCAACAGUUUUAGUGACCUCCGACGGACCUUUUUACAACAAUAUAGUGCGAACCAUGAGGCACCAAGAACAAUGGCUGAACUCUAUCGGAUUGAGCAAGGGGAAAAUGAACAUCCGAAAGCUUAUUUACAGUGUUUCAUUGACCUCGUGCAUCAAAUCCACGAAAUCGAUCCAAUUACUGCAGCUAAUCUCUUCGUCAAAAGCUUGCAGGUGGGGUCUCUUUUACAUGAAAAUCUCACCAUGACACCACCCUGCGACAUGGCAGAGGUGCAGACCCGAGCCGAGGGCGUCUUCAGGGUCUUGGAAUUUUGA